GGCUGCACGCAUCCCAGUGUAGUUUGGUACAGCAUCAGCUAGUACUGUCAACUAGAAGAGUCACCAUGAAGGCUUUACACGGUGUGUUGGCAUGCACUAUUUUCCUGACAGCCCAUGCCCUCUAUUCGUCCAGUGACGACGUGGUGGAGUUAACACCGUCCAACUUCAAUAAAGUUCUGCAGAGUGACAGCCUGUGGCUUAUUGAGUUCUAUGCCCCCUGGUGUGGUCACUGCCAGAGCCUCACCCCUGAGUGGAAGAAGGCUGCUACUGCCCUCAAGGGCGUUGUGAAGGUGGCGGCAGUUGAUUGUGAUCAGCAUCAGUCGUUGGCAGGCCAAUAUGGCAUCCAGGGCUUUCCCACCAUCAAGAUCUUUGGAGCCAACAAGAACAAGCCAGAGGACUAUCAAGGUGGUCGCACUGGCCAGGCCAUAACGGAGGCAGCCCUCUCAGCCCUGCGCUCCCUGGUCAAGGACCGCCUCAGUGGACGAUCAGGAAGCUCGGGUCAAGGCAAGCAGAGUGGAGGAGGAGGCGGUGGUUCUGGGGGUAAGAAGGACGUGGUGGAGCUGACGGAGGACAACUUUGACCGGCUGGUGCUGAAGGGAGAGGAGGCCUGGCUGGUGGAGUUCUUCGCCCCAUGGUGCGGCCACUGCAAAAGGCUUGAGCCAGAAUGGGCCGCAGCUGCGUCAGACGUGAAAGACCAGACCAAGGGCCAAGUGAAACUGGGAGCCGUAGAUGCCACCGUGCACCCAGGCCUGGCCAGUCGCUAUGGGGUUCGUGGAUACCCGACCAUAAAGGUGUUUGUGAAGGGCGAGGAGCCUACUGAUUACAGUGGAGGCCGUACCCGCUCGGACAUCGUGGCCCAAGCCCUGGAGCUGUACUCGGCCAACGCACCCCCUCCUGAGCUGCUGGAGAUUGUCAGCGGUGACGUCCUGAAGAAGACCUGCGAGGACAACCAGCUGUGCAUUAUCGCUGUGCUUCCCCACAUCCUGGACACAGGCGCGUCAGGGAGAAAUGGCUAUCUGGAGGUGAUGCUGAAGAUGGCUGAUAAGUACAAGCAGAAGUCCUGGGGGUGGCUGUGGACAGAGGCGGGUGCCCAGAUGGAUCUGGAGUCCGCUCUUGGCAUCGGUGGCUUUGGCUACCCGGCCAUGGCGGCCAUCAACGCCCGCAAGAUGAAGUUUGCCCUCCUCAAGGGCUCCUUCAGCGAGACUGGCAUCCACGAGUUUCUCAGGGAUCUGUCCAUGGGAAGGGGCUCCACGGCAACCGUGGGCGGAGCAGCUCUACCAAAGAUCCACACUGUGGAACCCUGGGAUGGCAAAGAUGGAGUGCUUCCUGAGGAGGACGACAUUGACCUGAGUGACGUGGAUCUAGAUGACCUUGGCAGGGAUGAGCUUUAAAAGUUCCAGACACUGGUAGCCCACAUCAUCAGAGUCAUGCUACAAGUACAAACGUAUGUGUCUGUGGUCCAACCUUCCUUCAGCCCAUGUCCUUCUCCUAUGGAAGAGGGACACUUAAGACAUUCCACACACUGCUCAUAAGUUACAAGUCAUACAGUAUAUCAUUAAGUUGAGAGGUCAUGGAAGAGAAUGUAUACGUGCAUACAGUACAUUUUUUUUAUAAUGUAUAUUGUAUAACAAGUCUAUACAUUUUUUGUAGGCUUUUUGAAUCAGAGGCUUUUGGGACCAGAGUUUGGUUAUGGGUUCCAAUGAUGACAGAUGCCUUAAUUCCGUAAUAAGACUUAGUUUAUUAUGGCCCCAUAUUUAUUGGAAGUCUACUGUAUGUCUAGCAGACCAAUCAAAUGUGUUUGAUACUGAAUAAAAUGUCCGGCUGCAUCUCAUUGUGCAAAUUUAUGAUGUGGCCAAAAGUUUGUUUCAUGCCUUUUUAAAAAUGUUUAUUUUUGUCAUGAUGUCUGUGUAAUGUGAAAUGUUUCAUCUCUUGUGAGGAAGUGAAUAAAUUUUGCCAGUGAGGUCGUUGGGA